GAAGCAACCCGCUCCAUUCUGAUUUUCCCCCCUGGCACCCACAGCAAGUGACCAGGGGACAAAUUUGCUUUCGUUACAAGAAAAUUAAAGCUCUCGCUCAAAGAAGUCCGAAGGCAGCCCAGCACCCUGUCUUCCCACAGUAAAGAUGGCGGCCCCCUGCGUGUAGACUAUACGGGCGAUGCCACUUCCGCGUUUCUCUUUUGCCUUCGUCCAAGAUGGCGGACGAGGCCACCCGGCGUGUGGUGUCUGAGAUCCCGGUGCUGAAGACUAACGCCGGACCUCGAGAUCGUGAGUUGUGGGUGCAGCGACUCAAGGAGGAAUACCAGUCCCUCAUCCGGUAUGUGGAGAACAACAAGAAUGCGGACAAUGAUUGGUUCCGACUGGAGUCCAACAAGGAAGGGACUCGGUGGUUUGGAAAAUGCUGGUACAUCCAUGACCUGCUCAAAUACGAGUUUGACAUUGAGUUUGACAUUCCUGUCACAUAUCCUGCUACUGCUCCAGAAAUUGCGGUUCCUGAACUGGAUGGAAAAACAGCAAAGAUGUACAGGGGUGGCAAAAUAUGCCUGACUGACCACUUUAAGCCUUUGUGGGCCAGGAACGUGCCCAAGUUUGGGCUAGCUCAUCUUAUGGCUCUGGGGCUGGGUCCAUGGCUGGCAGUGGAAAUCCCCGAUCUGAUUCAGAAGGGCGUGAUUCAGCAUAAAGAGAAAUGCAACCAAUGAAGGAUCAAGCCACUGAGGCAGGACAGAGGGACCUUUGAUAGGCUACGUUCCUGCUUUCUCUGCAUCACUCUUACUCAUCCAGUUGCUUCCCCCAAACCCCUUCACCCAUAAUUGUUACUAAGUAGCUGCAUCAGGCAUUGCUGGGGGGAAAAUAAUAACAGCAUUGCUACUGAAUUUCCAAGGCUACACAGGGAGGGGAAAAGACCGGGGCUUUGGGAAACCAAAAGACAAUCUGUAUCCCUUCUCCAGGUGGGGCAAUGUGAGAUUCCGGAAGGAUGGGGAGGGGGGGUGCCUGCCGAAAGUGGGUGCAUAGCUUUUUUGGUUUUUGGAGAUAAACUCAUCAAUAAAAGCUGCUUUCCUCUGGUG